GAGAACAGUGUGAAUAACCAACUGUAGUCGGUUCACGCUUCUAUCAUAACCAACGCAAACGCAGCCUCAAGACUUCUUUUCCAACCGCAAUAAUGGCGGACGCGCAAAAGAAACCUGCUGCCCCGGCAAAGAAAUUACCGGCAGUACCAGAAUCGGUACUUAAAAGAAGGAAGCGCCGUGACACCGCCAAGGCUGCUCGUCUUCAGGUGUCCAUUAAGCGUCGUGCAGAUCACUACAAAAAAAGGAAAGAAAUUUUCAAAAGGGCGGAGCAAUAUGUUAAGGAAUAUAGAGCAAAGGAAAGGGAUGAGAUCAGGCUCAUGAGACAAGCAAAGAACCGCGGGAACUAUUACAUUCCUGGCGAGGCCCGUCUUGCGUUUGUUAUCCGAAUUCGUGGUGUGAACCAAGUUGCUCCAAAAGUACGAAAAGUUUUGCAGCUGUUCCGCCUUAAACAAAUCAACAAUGGUGUCUUCAUCAAGCUGAACAAGGCUACUAUUAAUAUGCUGCGUAUUGUUGAGCCGUACAUCACUUGGGGGUACCCAAAUCUGAAAUCUGUUCGUGAAUUAAUCUACAAACGAGGGUUUGCAAAGAUAAACAAGCAGCGCAUUCCCAUCACGAGCAACGCCAUUAUUGAACAGAAACUCAGCCGUUCGGAUAUCAUCUGUACUGAGGAUUUGAUCCAUGAAAUCUUUACUGUUGGAGCCAAGUUCAAAUUCGCCAGCAACUUCUUGUGGCCCUUCAAGCUGAACACCCCGACUGGCGGAUGGCGCAAGAAGACUAACCAUUACGUUGAGGGUGGUGACUUUGGAAACCGUGAGGACAAAAUCAAUGAACUACUCAGGAGAUCGGAAGCGCGGAGCGGAGUGAAAGAUCGCUGGCGGAUGCUGUACUAUCAGAUUCGUGUAUCGCAACAGAAUAAUCAAAAGAGGACUACGGCUCGGACGGGUUGCGGAAAGUACAAACUUGGAACGCUUGAAAUGGGUAGCCUUAAUCCAAUGAAAUGGAAGAUCCGAACAUUUGCCUCCAUAGUUGCAACGCUUUUCACCAUCUACGUUUUAUUCAUUUUUAAGAAAACUCAUCACGUAUCUUUCGAUGCUAUUAUCAAAGAUACAAAACCCGAUGUGGUGUGGGAAUUUGUUGCAGACUUUAGCAAUAUGCAGAAAUUAAAUCCUACGAUAGAAGAUUUCGUAAUUGUUGCUGAAAGUGGAAAUUAUGAGCAUUGGAAGUAUUCAGCGAAGUAUAUGGAACAUUUAAGUCAUCUGCCGAUGAUCCGAAACCAAGCACUAGGGCACUUUGCUGUUAUACCAGGCGUUGGUAAUUUUAUCAUAAGUUCUGAGCAUCGCACUUGUUUUCUUGGAAACUGGGGUUGCUUGGACUCUAUAUCGGAAUUCAAAUUCCUCGGCGAUGGACAGAAUACCAAAUGCGUUGAAACUGUUCAAUAUGAAUGUCCAAUAGCCUUAUCGAUCCUGUGCCAUAAGGAAGUUAUGUAUCAACGCCAACAGAUUAUGGAGAACUUGAAACUCCAUUUUUCAACUACCAAAUAGUUUUGCUUCCACUCAGUUUCACGCCAAUGAAAAUGAGGCGUUUCCUUUUAUACUACAACGUGAUUAAAUUACUAACUACAUACAACUAAUAAUAAGGUUCAAAUCCACUAAAUAUCAAUUUUAUGAAUUUAAUUUUAAACCAAUGCUACACUAAUCUAAGAAUCUUAGAGCGUCGUAAUUGAUGUUGUCUGAGAAAAUAUAUUAUAUCUUCAGUCAAUAGAAUUGAGAUUGGUGCUUCGAAUGAAUUGCAAGGGAAAAGCAUUGACUAGAUUUUCGCUCUUCGAUAAUUUGCUAAGAAUCAAAUAAGCGAGAUUUCCACGUCAAUUAAAUUAAAACGAAUGUUUAUGUGCCUAUAAAAUUGUGUAGAAUCUUGAAGUAGGAAAUUCAAAUGAAUUUUUCACAUCUUGGUUUACGGUUAAUUCAGGAGACUGCAACGACAAAAAGUUUUCUUUUUACUUUUCAAAGUGCCUUAUUCGUAUUUCGUAUAGUGCAAAUCAGUAAUAAUAGAUGAUUCCUAAUUACGCAAGAGUAGUAAAAUGUGUGUAUGUACUUACUGUAUUUUCGUCAAUCUACAUUUAACAUGUACGGAAUAUAUAUUUUAUGUAUUUUUAUAA